UUGGCUGGGUCUUCUUGGACUCAACAAGUGGCACCCGCCGCUGGUGGAGCACGUCGCAUGCGUUGGUCACAAACAAUGAAUGCAAACGCACUGCGGGCGUACUUUAGGGCAAAAGGGGAAGAAACCGGAUGUUUGGCAUAUCGGGCUCGGAUGCAUCGCUUUUUUGCAGAGCUGGAGCCAUCUCUAUCCGUCACUGAGCAAAACCUGGCAGACCGAGUUCGGUACAUCCUGCGCUCCAACAUAUUUGGUGACGCCGAACUCGAACGACUACGACGUGAGGCUCUUCAAGCAUCGGAUGGAAAUGCUACGGCUGGGAAUGCGGCGCCACUAAUUGCGCAGCAAACUGCAAAUGUGGACGCUGCCGUCAAUUUUCCAUUUGUGGUUGAUUCAGACGAUGAUGGAAUAGUCCCCCACGAACUAGAGAAAAUGAGGAGCAUAUUGGAAGAGUCGAUGCUGGAAACGCGCAGCAUGCCUCUCGAAAAUCGACCGCGACUUCCCCGCAUACCCCUUAGCAAGCGAAAUCGGGCUGUCGUGCGGGCUCUUAACACAAUGCUGAUGACCUAUUUGGAAGCCAGCCGGGCCCUUUGCGAGACGGACUCAAUUCUUUUUGGCGCCGCACUGGCAGUAUGCCGUAUUAUUGGCGCCAAACUUCCCAUGGCUGGACGUGCUACUCAACAAGGUAGUGCCAUUCCAGCCUGGAGAAAAAGAAUCGAGGACCGUAUCGCAAAGGCAAGGGCCCUUAUCGGCAGACUGACAAGCUUCAGGUCGGGUAAUAAUAGACCGAGAGUUGUGCGCACCGUUAGAAUGGCGUUUGCUGGGACAAAUAUUAGUUUGUCCCAGCCGGAUAUCACGCAGAAACUAACGGAGCGCAUAGAUGACCUGAAGCAAAAAAUCGCUGCUUGGGGGAAGCGGAUUCGACGAUUUAGCGAGAGGUCAAGGCGGUUCAACCAGGAUCGUCUCUUCCAGAGUGAUCAGAAGAGGCUCUGUAAAUCAUUGGAGCGACCAGAGGUAUGUGGAGCGGGCCCAGGAUCGGAUCAGGCUGACACUGUCGCAUUUUGGCGUGGCCUGUGGUCAGAACCCGUAAACCACAGCGAGGGCCCUUGGAUGGAAGUUGUGGCGAGCCAGAGUGCAAGUGUUACAUCUAUGGACCCCGUCACCAUAACGCCUGAAGACGUGGCUGAGGCGACGGAUCCCUUUGAGGAAAAUCAAAGACGGUUACAGAAAUUAUUCGAUGACGCGUCCACUUCUGAUUCCUCUGAAGAACUGUUUGUGGAUGAUGUAGAAUAUGGAUCAGAUAAGGAAUACCGACCUUCUGAAAGUGAAUCUUCGAUUUCUAAAGACCCAGUUGGAAGUUAG